UUGUCGUUAUCUUUGCGGUACUGUUGCCAUACCAUGAGAGGGCGGUGAAACCCCGCCUCCCAAAUCUACAAUUUAGGGAAAAUUCAACAAUUUAUGAAACGGUCUUCCAGACACGUUGAGCCACAGAAGCCCAAAUGUGCACUGAACAUCUCUGAAAACGCACAGCGGGAGCUGCUCACCAUGGAGCUAAACGGAUCAGUGGAGGCACCCAAGGAGAACCCAGCACCUCGCCGGAGCCUCAGCACCAGCCCGGGGCUUCAGUACGGCGCUCUUGUUAACAGUGUUACUUCACUCACAACACCUGAGUCCCAGAAUCCACCUAUUUCAAACAGACAGGCCUAUGUGACCAUGGCUGUUCUUUGCUACAUCAACCUACUCAACUACAUGGAGCGGUACACAAUAGCAGGUGUUCUUUUGAACAUCCAAACUUUCUUUAAAAUAAGGGACAGCACAGCAGCACUUCUGCAAACAGUUUUUAUCUGCAGUUUCUUACUCCUGGCACCUCUCUUCGGUUACCUUGGUGAUCGCUACAACCGCAAAUUCAUCAUGAUCGGUGGUUUGUGUGUGUGGCUCCUGACUGCAGCUGCCAGCUCUUUUGUCACAGAGUCGUAUUUCUGGCUCCUGGCUCUGCUGAGGGGUUUGGUUGGCAUUGGCGAGGCCAGCUACUCUACUAUUGCUCCCACAAUCAUAGGAGACCUCUUUACUGGGGGUAAGCGGAGCAUCAUGAUCUGUAUCUUCUACAUCUUCAUCCCUGUUGGAAGUGGUCUUGGAUACAUUGCAGGGGCAGGCAGUGCUUAUCUCACAGGUGACUGGCACUGGGCUCUUAGGAUCACUCCCAUCAUGGGUGUAAUUGGACUCAUCAUGAUGAUCUUCUUGUGCCCCAACCCAGCCAGAGGUGCUGCAGAAACCAAUGGAGAAGGAGUCGUAGCACAGAGCUCCUACCUGGAAGACAUAAAGUACCUUCUAAAAAAUAAAAGCUAUGUGUGGUCAUCGCUGGGAGUGACAGCUCUGGCCUUCCUCACCGGAGCCCUGGCUUUCUGGGUUCCCACUUUCCUGUCCAGGGCUCGUGUCACACAGGGGCUCCACCAACCUUGCACUAAUGAGCCCUGCGACUCCACAGACAGUUACAUCUUUGGUGCUGUAACCGUGGCGACGGGCAUUCUCGGGGGUGCUGUAGGCACCACCCUGUCCAGGACGUUCAGGGAUAAGGUGCCAUACGCUGACCCGCUCAUCUGUGGAGUGGGCAUGCUGGGAUCAGUGCCAUGCAUUUUCAUCAUAAUCUUUGUGGCGGCCUCGAGCAUUCCGGCCACUUAUGUAUUCAUUUUUUGUGGUGAACUUCUGCUCUCUCUGAACUGGGCUGUCAUGGCUGAUAUUCUGCUGUAUGUUGUUGUACCAACCAGAAGAGCUACAGCUGAAGCCCUGCAGAUUUCUUUCGCUCAUCUCCUUGGAGAUGCCGGGAGCCCUUACCUGAUAGGAGUGAUAUCUGAUGCUGUAAGCUCAUCUAAACCUGAUGAUCUCAACUGGAGCUUCCACAGCUUGAAGGUCAGCCUCCUGGUGUGUCCUUUUAUUGGGAUCCUGGGUGGAGCUUUUUUCCUCUUUACCACCAAGUACAUCACAGAAGACAGUAAAGCAGUCCUGUGUUUGAUUGAAGAAGAGCAGCAUCAUCCCCCACCGGAACCCUCCAUAGAGUUGAGCAACAAGAUCACAACCUGAAGCAGGUGGAAGCAGCUGAUCAGUCCAAGCACAGGUUCAUAUAAACAUGGUAACUCCUGUAAAGCUGAAAGGGGGACAGAGUGUGGGAGCUCCUAUGACUAUAAAUGCUUCCCUUUUAAGGACAGUUGCUUUAAAAAAAAUGUCCAUGAAUCAAAUACUUUGGUUGUUUACCUGUGCUGUUUUUGUACUGUUUUGCCCACAAGCAGCUUUUUGCCAGUGAGCGUAGGACUCAAAACACCAGCACGCCUCUUCGCGCCUGUUUAUCAAUGCCUCACAAUCCAGUUUAGAUCAGCUGAUUGCAAGAUCACCUCCCAUCUGAAUGGUCCUGAGAAAAUACUUACUUGAAAAGAAAGUGUGAUUAUAUUUUUUUGGUAAAUGCAGUUUUUUUAAAUUAUUGUUGACUUUCCAAAUAAAUUGCUUCAAUUCCCUCUG